GAUAAUCCAAAGUUAAAUGGAGCUCGCCAAGAUUUCAUAAAUUAUUUAGCAAAUGGACAUACUUAUAUCGAUUAGGCACCCUUUUCUUUCGCUGUAACGGUGGCAUAUACAAGGUCAUGUUGAAAUGAAAAUUAAUGCAGAGCUAGCUAUACUCUGACGUCACACCUGACAACAAAGUAACAACAUGGCGGCGAUGGUCAGGUUGCUGGAAGAAACUGACCCCAUCGUUGAGGAAGUUUAUCGCCGAAAAAAUGAAGCUGAAGAAGCAAGACAACUUGAAUAUCUGUCAACCGUAAAGAUACAGGCAUGGUAUCGAGGAGAAAAGACAAGAGCAUACAUGAGCCAUCUUAAUAAGUGUGCGCUCAUCAUUCAAAGACACUGGAGAGGUUAUCUAGGAAGGGGGCUAACAAGAAUUCUUGUCAAGAACAGUGUAAUGAUUAUGAAAAUAAACUUCUACAACAAGAAAGCAACUUAUAUACAAAAAAUGUGGAGAGGAUAUUACGUCAGGAAAUAUGUAUUUAAUUACUACAGUCGAAAGAGAUACCUUGAAGCAUUACAAAUCAAAAAUGAAAUUGUCAGGAGUGAACUAGAAGAAUACGCAGAGAUGCAGGAACAGGAGAGAAGAAGAAAGGCAGAGAAGGUGGAGAAAGAGAGAAGGGAGGUGCUGGCCCGACGGAACCACUACCUGAUCAGUACAGAGGUCAUACCGGGGGUCUUCAACUCGCCGUUCCUACCUUAUCCGACAGAUACAGAGUACUUAUUGAGAUCCGUCAAACCACUCCUCCAUGAGAAGAAGAAGAAGACAGACAAACCUUUCGAUCCAACAUGUAGGAGUUAUGAUCUGCCCAAACCAAAACUCUUACCUCCUUUACCAAACAAACCUCAGGGUCCAUUCCGUGAGCCAGAGGACGUACAGAAUCAGCGCUACAAGCCAUUCCAGCCCUCACUCAGAGUGGCCACAUCAUUCACCUCGCUAGAGGAGGCAAGAAAACAAAUGAAGAAUGAAGAAUGGGUCACCAGACUCAAUGAUAAUGUGUUUGAGCCAUUCAGUAGACGUGACUCGAGGUAUGAGCCUCUUCUCCACACACGCUCUGAGUAUGGUCACCUUCCCUACGGUUUCAGAUAUUUCCGUGAGGAGUUUCCGGAUAGGCGUGUCACUCAGCAGUGGUUCCCAGCAUCCGCAGGAAAAGGAACGGAUAAUAGAAACAAAUUUAAGACUUGAACAUCGUGAAAAGUCUUUCAAGACAUUGGUACCUUCGAUCCCAAUCUUUGACAAGCUGAAUGAUACAUACUCCCAAGGUCAAGUGUUCUAAAGAAUCAGACUGCCACAGAAGAUGCGGCAUCUUUACAAAAAUUAUCUUUACAUGCUGAAAGAACUUUCAAGACACGGGGAUGUACUAGUGAUAUGUACACAUACCUAAUGUACAAUAUAUGUAAGAAAAGACCUUUCACCAUAUGAAAAUAUGUCAAAUAAAGCGGGAGAUUGUAGGUGUUGAUAUUUCUUGUUUCUUGAUUGAUCUUGAAGUUAAAUGCUUUGUGAUAAACAUUUUGAUAUCAUGUUUACUGUGUACCUGAUUCAUUUGAUCAAAUUGAAAUUGUUUUUGUUGUUAUACAUCUGUAUAUUCUACAUUGUAAUUAAAUCAUGACUAGAAAAAGAU